UCCAAUUUCGUGGAAAUUAAUUAAAAUCAAUAUGGCUUAGCGGGUCGCAAUAAAAAGCCUCGUACGCCAACGAUCGGUUAACAGUCACAAACGCGCCAUCGAUAUGAAGUACUUCAACCUGCUGCUCAGCAUCUGCCUGGUGUUCAUGCUGUGCUCCUCGUGGGUCUCGGCCUUCUCCAGCCUUUCCCCUCCGGACCCAACCCCUCCGACUGGUUCUCCCCCUGAUGAUAAUGGCGCUAACGACGGACCGCCGCAAGCGAGCCCCACAUAUCCCGUCCCACUUGUGUCCACAAUUUACCCAAAGUAUCAAUAAUUAAUUCACAAUUAAAAAUUAAUUAAUGCAACUAUA